AUAUCUGUUUAAGGUCGCCAUUUUUUCUUGUGGAUACCGUCAAUCGCUAGAACUUGUGAAAUUUCUUCUAAAAAUCAGUAAUUUUAUAGAAAUUAUAACAUUUGAGAACAUAGAAACAAAUUUAAAACUAAAUAUUACAAAUCAAAUAAAAGAUAUUUAUGAAUUGAAACUACAUAAAAAAUAUCUUCUAAAGAGUUUGGCUUGCUGAGCCAGCUAAAUUUUUUGCGGUGCUCACCGCAGUUCAUCAACCAAUAGAAGUUGCCGUGCAGCUAUAAAUUAAUAAUAACUGAUAUUAUUAUAUUAAUAUAAUAACGUACAUUUCAAGUUUCAAACAAAGUUUGACAGUGUUUGGAUUAAACGCAAUACACAUAAGUUCCAGUAAAAUUUAGUUCAAUUUACGUAAAAGUUAUAAAGUAAACAACUUAAAAGUUUUCAUACAACAAUGUCGGCAUCAAUAAGCAAAAUUCAUGUCACCAAUUCGACAGGAUUGUCAUUAAAUGAACGUUUUACGGCAGUUCAAGAUCGUCGUCGAGAAGUACCAGAACGCAUUUUGCGCCCAACUCGUGACACAUCCGUUGCUAAUCGCCGACUAUUGCAGCAGCUGGCUAGAAGGCAUAAAAUGCAAGCAGCAUUAAAAUUGAAACGCAGAAGCAUGCGCCCAAUUGGAGGAAAUGUAGCCAUGAGACGCGGCACAAUCAAGGCUUUGCGUGUAGCAGCUAAUGGAAAACCGAUCCGUACCAACAGCCUGACCACCGUUGCAACAAUGGAAGCCGAUUUGAUCACGAACAGUCAACGCAACUUAAACAGAUCCCUACGACGAGCGAAUUCCGUUUCGAAUCGCUUGGGCCGCCCACUAGUAGGCGGUGCUGCACAGCGUAUUGCCCAACGGCGUUUGCAACGUGGAUUGCCCGGUGCAAUCAUACCAAAUGAAAUGCAGAGGCGUGGUCGUUCACGCAGUCGUUCUAGGGCGCCCGUGGAAGUUAUAAAUUUGACUCGCAGUCGUUCACGCAGUGCAGGACGCGCUCUUCCAGCAGCCGUACAAGUGCGUGGUCGUUCUCGGUCACGUGUACGUUCACGUAGUCGUGUGAAUGCUGUCGCCAGAACUAAUAUACCAGUAAAAGCACGUUUGGGCAUUCGUCCCGGUGCUAUCACAGGCCGACGCCGUAGCCAAAGUGCCGUGCGUGGCGUGGCUCAAGGACGCAUACAGCGUCGACGAAAUUCAAAUAUUGCUGCUGGUGUUGCUGGACGUACAGCAAAUGCUGGGCGCCAACGCGGAAGAUCAUUGACUAGAAACGCAACUGCUAUUGCAAACGCAGCUGGACGUUCACGCUCUCGUACACGUAACGUCGCCCCAGCGCGGGCACAAUCGCGUGCACGCUCACGCACACGUGGGGGAUCUGUUGUUGGUCAGCGCAAUGUAGGAUCGGUACAACGUGGUCGCGCACGUGGCCGUAGUCAACAACGUGGAGGAGGACGUGGUGCAAUAGCACAAAGAAAUGGUAAAACUAAUGGUAAUAAGAAAGGACAGCAACAACAACAACAGCGACGUGGACGCAGUCGCAGCCGUGGUGGACGCGGUGGCCGUAACCAAGGUAAAACUGCUAAACCAGAGGUUGACAAGGAUAAGCUUGACAAAGAGUUGGACCAAUAUAUGGCGACAACAAGAACUGAGAAUAGUGACUUUCUGUUACGAAAUUAGUCACUUCGAAUAUUAGCUUAACCACCGUCAAAUACUUAGUUUAGUUGAAAUUUAUUAAUAUUUAUUAUUUUAUAUGAAAAACAACUUGUACGUACUUUAUUAAGAGUAUACGUUUCUUUAUAAUAUGUAAAAUAAGUCUUUCAACCCUUAGAUAAGUUGAAGCAGUGAAAACUGCCUAAUCAAAUCAAUAUAUGUAUAUAUAGCAAAGUAAUGCAUUAAGAUCUGAACAAAUAGUGCUGCGUAACAAUUUGUAAAAUCCUUUAUUAUUUCAAAGGAAUCUUGAAUUUAAUAUACUUUAUUGUUGCCAUUAAUCAGUAAAUAAAAUGCAGCUAAAAUGUAAAAA